GUCAUGAGCUGUGGCGAAGAUGUGGUUCCUCCUCCUUCUCCUCUACAUAGCUCACGUUGAGCUGGUGAUUGCACAAGAUGGGAAUAGGCUGAUUCUGAAGAGCGAACAGAAGAACAACCCAUGUGAAGGCUACAUUGAAAUCACCCACAAAGGUGAAGUGGGCUAUGUUGGAGAUCAGACCUGGGAUGACAAAAUUGAAGAAGUGGUGUGCAAAAGUACCCACUGCGGGGAUCGUGUGGGAAGCGCAAUACAAAUUAUGCAAAACUCCAUUAAGAAUAUCUGGCUGAAUAACCUGAACUGCAGUAAAACCUCGGAAAAUCUUUGGAGCUGUAAACAUCCUGGUUGGAACAAGAGCGACCAUUAUCAGGGGUAUCUGAGAACCAUUACAUGUGAAAAUGAAAUCAAAAUAGGCCUGGAUGGACCUAAAUGUGCGGGAGCUGCCAACUACUCAAUAACAGCUAAAGAAACAAAAUCAGGUUACUUUUGUGCUGACAAUUGGGAUGAUACUGAAGCCAAUCAAUUGUGUAAAAAUCUUGGGUGUGGUGAGUCCAUAUCCAACAAACCCAAACUGGAUUCUACAGUACUGACUCGUUUCAAAGACUCAGACAAGAUGAAGGUCAAGUGUAAUGGCAUUAAACAAGUAAAUCAUCUGUGGCAGUGUGUCACCGGGUUAUCAGAACAAUGCCGAAGUCCUGCUUCUGUCACAUGCAAAGAGUAUAAGAGACUGCAACUCCAAGGAGACAAUUCCAACGUGUGUUCUGGGCAGCUGCAAGAAGAGGAGGGUCUCGAAUGGAAAAAUGUUACAAAAAACAAAAACCAGUCUGAUAUGUGCCAGAAUAUGCACUGUGGUAAAGGAGUCAGUUUAUCUGACAAUGGCAUACUGAACUGCUCAGACAAUGUCACAGUGGUUCUGAUGGACAACAAUGAAUCCAGCGAGUGCUAUGGUAAAGUGUAUGUCAAAGUGAAUAAUAAAAGUCAUCCCGUGUGUGCCUCCUCUUGGGAACUAAAGGACGCUCAAGUGGUUUGUAGCGCUCUUAAGUGCGGGAAAGUGGUUAGUAAAGAGACAAGGACAGAGCGGGUUAAAGGGAUAAUGGACGACGUGGAAUGCUCAGGCAAAGAAUCCUCACUGUGGCACUGUAGAGCCAGGCAUGAGCUUCAACAGUGUUCUUCAGUCGCCUACGUAGUCUGUUCAGAUAGUGUGAAUGUGACCUUGAGAGAUGGACUUGGAAAAUGUGCUGGGAGAGUGGAGAUCCAGUAUGAAGGCAAAUGGCAAAGAGUUGGUGAAGCUGAAUGGACAGAUACCAAUUCAGACAUUGUUUGCAAACAAGUGGGUUGUGGAAAAAAUAGAAAACUCACCACUCCUGAGAAAUUCAGCCAGGGUUCAGGUGAAUUUCUGUCAAAAAAAAUAAACUGCCAGGAUGACAGCAAUGACAUAGCUGAAUGUUUCAAAGAUGCCACUACCCGGCAGCCACAGGGAGCAAAGGGAAUAACCUGUGAGGGCCAUAGGGACAUAUUUCUAGUGGGAGAUAAACCCUGCUCUGGCAUGGUGAGGAUAGCAGAAGGUGAAAAAAACUACUGGCUCUCUGGGUCUAAUGAGACAUGGACCAGUGACGCGGCAAACACAGUGUGUCAGCAGAUGCAAUGUGGAACCAUGAAGGACCAUGGCACACGUAAAAUUAAGGCUGAUAAAAAGAAAGGCCCCCAGAUCCAAUCUUACAAAUGCUCAUCCAAUUACUCAUCUCUGUUUGAGUGUGAAGAAAAACCCCCACUGCAAUACAAGAGUGGUGACCCCAUUGCCUUUGUGAAAUGCACCGGAGAAGUCAAAGCGAAUCUGUCCAAUGGCUGUUGGGGGACUGUAGGUUUUUGCGUGGGCGCAAAAUUUGGAGGAGUGUGUAAAGACACCUGGACACCUGCAAAGUCUGACAUGCUGUGUAGAGAACUGGGCUGUGGGGACAAAGCAUUAAAAUCUAUCUCUAAACCCCCUGAAAGCAAAGUGAUGUUCAAAAGUGUGCACGGUACAAACAAGAUGGCCAACCUGACCCAGUGCAACUUCAUCAUUAAUAAUGACACUGAUAUCGAGUGUAAACCAGCCUAUGCUGUUUGUUCAGGUAGUGUCGUGUUCAAAAUGGACCUUUCAAGAGACAAAUGUUCUGGAAAUGUUAGGGUAUUGUAUGAAGACAAGUUGCUGCCAGUUUGCAGAAAAGCCCUUGAAAACAGCAAAAUACAAAGCAUCAUCUGUCAGGAGCUGGGCUGUGGUACAGCUGACAAACUUAUUAACUACUUUGGACCAAAGUCACAAGAAAGUCAUGUCAUCUCAGAAAUCAACUGUCCAAGUGCCAAUGGCUCAUUAAAGGCAUGUGAGAUCACUCCUGCUACUCCUCCAGACGACUGUAAUCCUGUUGGCCUCCAAUGCUCCGGCUGGCAGAAGAUUGAGCUAACAGGAGCCGGCAAGGCCUGUAGCGGAGCUGUGUCUGUUCACUCACAGCAGGAGCAAAAAAGACCUGUCUCCCGCAAAGGCUGGGGCGAAAAUGAAGGGAAAAUACUUUGUCGGGAUCUAAACUGCGGCAAAUACGUAAUAGCCCGAAACAAGACACUCUCGAUUCCAUCCUUACCCUCCUCUCCAUGGACCUCACACUUCAACUGUAACGGUACAUUUGAGAAUCAGCAAAACAUCUGGACAUGUGAGAAGCCACCCCCAAAUGAGAGAGAGGUGGAUCAGCUCAUCAUUGAAUGUGACGGUGAGCCCAACAUCACCCUUUCAAAUUACUGUCAAGGUGAAGUAAGAAUAAAUGGCACUAAGGUGUGUGCGAGUCACUGGAAAGACAUCAAUACAAAGUUGGUUUGCCAGCAAAAGAAGUGUGGCAACGCUAUUGAUGGUGUCCCCAGUGUUACAAAAGCUGACCGAUCUGUGGACUACUACAAUGUCAAGUGUGAGGAAAACCAUUAUGAACUUGGCCAGUGCAAGAGAUAUGAGGAAAAGUGCAAGGGAAAUUUGGUGUCUGUUUCCUGUGUUAAUGGUGUCAAUUUCAAUACCACAAGCUAUUGUGGAGGUCAGAUUGAAGUCAACUAUCAAGGUGUUUGGGAAAAAGUGUGUUUUUCACAGUCAUUUACCCAGAGAUUUAAGGAACACCUGUGUAACAAGCUCAACUGUGGUACUUACAAUAGUAGCAUAAAGGAUGCUAAAGAUGGACCUAAGGACAAGUGGAACAUAACACUGGAGUGUGCAGAAAAAACUCAGGACAUCAAUUACUGUGUCAAGUACAAGUCUUGUGAAAAAACCCGUGCCGCUGAGAUCUACUGUGAAAAGUAUGUGAGGCCCGCCCCAAUUAUCAAUAACAGCUUCAUAGUGCCUAUCAUCCUGGGAGUUGGCUUUUUUCUGGUUCUGGUGAUAGUGAUUGUUCUACUUAUUCGAAUCUGCAUCGUCAAGAAAACCAGGAGAGCCAAGAACGCCUCAUUGAGAAUGUUCUCAAGAAAAGAAGUAGAGUUUGAGAGUGGCGACUACGAGGAUGUAACGAGCAAAGCAAAUGAAAUGGAAGACUUGAACCGAAGCAAAUUCAUAUCAGAGUCUGAAGUCAUCAUGGAGAACGGCGCGCAGAGCUCUUCCUCUCUUUCUUACGACGAUAUUGAUGGCAUGCUUGAGACUCACCCGCUGACCUCUAAGGCUGCCACAGCUGGUGCUUCAGGAGACAACGUCCGUGAGGCUGCCCUCGAUCAAAGCGAAGAUGGGGUGACCUACGAGGUGGAUGACCCACUGGAGAAUUAUGAUGACAUUGAAGCUGGCCCUGAAAUCACUCAGACUGAAGCUGAAAUCCACCAAAGUCCACAAACAGCACCUGAAAGCGACACAGCACCACCUCCAGAUUUAGUGGAGGGGGAUGAUGACUACCUGGUCCCAGGCCAAGAUGGGUGAGCCAAAACUGGGUUCAACUGAUAUUAAUUCCAGUCUGGCAAAGCAGUACUCCCCACAACCUAGCUCAAAAUUACUCUGACAUCCUCAAAAAUCAAUCAAUCAAUCAAUGAUUGAAUUACAAUGCAAAAAAAUAACACAAUAGUUCUGCAUAAUCUGAAGUAAUGACCAUUUCAUAUCAGACAAGAUUGCACAAAAAAAGGACAUGCUUCAGAGUCUGAGAAGUUCCCUCUAUGUAUGGUAUACACAACUUGAAGGCGCACUGCUGAUUUGUGAUCCUUUCAGUGCCAUUAAAUUUGUUAUAUCACUGAUUAUACAAAAGUGUUUAUUAUCAAAAGUGUUGGCCUCAAAAGUGUUCACAGGAAGUAAAUGGUCCUGUCUCUGCAAAUGUACAAAAUUAGAGUGAUAGAAACCAAGGGGGAUAAAAUAACUUUUUUUUUUUGCUUUCUCUUUCUCUUUCUCUUUUUUGUUCUAAAAUUCUACUGCCUGCUGUUGAUUUCAUGGCUUGAAUGAAAUAUGUGCAGAAUGUUUUAUAAUCAUAUG